AGGCAAAGCAUCAGGACCAGCAGCAGUAGCAGCAGCAGUCAGUAGUCUGUCUGAGAGCACGAGCAGAGAGAUCCACAGAGAGGCUUCUUCCCACACUCUCUCUCACACACACACACACUCUCACACUCAGCGGAUCAGAGCGUGAUGAGGUUCAGGUGUUGCAGAUCAUAAUCAUUUGAAGAAGGAAGUCUACGGAGGACACCACCACCACCAAGAAGAAGAAAAAGAAGAAGCAGAUCAGAAGAUCACAUUUGCUACUGCUGCUAUCUCCACUAACUACCAUCUUUAGUUACUAUCAUCUUUCAUCUUCAUCGGAGGGCUUUCCUCGUCCAUGGAACGGAGUAGCGCCUGAAGACUCGUGGUCUUCUGAAGAUCUCGAGAAGAUCUGGAGAGCACAGAAAAAAAGUUUCCCUCAGGGAUGCUGAGUGCCCCAAACUCGCUGUGGCUCUCCGAAGGAACCUGAACUCGCCUUCUCUCCAGGAUUAGACUUGUUUCUUCAGUUUUUCCUCUCUUUCUAGAGGUAUCUCUGUUUUAUUUCCGUGCGUUUCGAGUCUCAGUCUGGCGUUUGCGCGCCGCUGAUCGGCGCUGGGAUGCCUGGACAGAUCUCUCUGGCUCUUUACUGAAGUUUGAUUUUUCUUUCCAAUUUUUUUAAAAUUUCGAAGUCUAGUUCCUCAGCCCCUCUCCACAGACGCAGACCACCGGAGCACACAUAUUCUAGAUUUUCUGCUCCUUCCCGCGUGUUUCAUCACAUUCGUUUUUUAUUUUAGAUCUUCAUCAUCUACUUCUUUAUCAUCCAUGCGCUCUCAGAUAAUGACUUUCCUCGCCGAUGGUCCGCCGCGCUGCCCGGCUCAUGAGUGACACACUGAACUCCCCUUCCCCUCUUCGGAGACCCUCUCUCUCUCUGCUGCGCCCUCAGCCCGCACGCGCUCUCCCGGCCCCCUCGCUGUCCUCUCCGUCCUGAGCGGGGAGCGCUCACCCAGCCGCCCAGAUGCAGUUUCGACUCUUCUCCUUUGCUCUAAUCGUGUUGAACUGUAUGGACUACAGCCACUGUCAGACUCAGCCGCACCGCUGGAGGAGGAACAAAAGAGCUAGCUAUGUUUAUCCAAUCUGCAAAGGCUGCUCGGUGUGUUCGAAGGACAACGGGUGCAUGACGUGCCAGCCCAAGCUGUUCCUGUUCCUGAGGAGGGAGAGGAUGAGGCAGUACGGAGAGUGUCUCCACGUCUGCCCUUCAGGCUACUACGGCACCCGCGGCCCAGAGAUCAACAUGUGCUCAAGGUGCAGGAUAGACAACUGUGAGACCUGCUUCAGUAAAGAGCACUGCACAAAGUGCAAGCCUGGCUUUUACUUGCACAAAACCCGCUGCUUCGAGAAGUGUCCUGAAGGGUUUGCGCCUCUGGACGACAGCAUGGAGUGUGGAGAAGGCUGUGAGGUAGGCCAGUGGAGCGAGUGGGGAACGUGCACCAGAAGAAACAAAACAUGUGGCUUUAAAUGGGGCUUGGAGACGCGCACCAGGCAUAUUGUGAAGAAGCCACCAAAAGAUACAAUACCAUGCCCUACGAUCGCUGAGUCCAGGAGAUGCAAAAUGGCCAUGCGACACUGCAGGAGAGGGGGAUCAGGGAGGCACAAAUCCAAAGAUCAGAAGAAGAAGAACAAGCAGAGGCUGCACUUCCGAGCCCAGAACCAGCACAGCGAUCACCUGGCCUCACUGAGGGGCGGCCAGUAAAGACUGAGGGAUACCCCAUAGAACAAAGAUCAGAAAGCUGCUAGCUGCUGCUCAACACACACACACACACACACUAACACGCACACACUAACACUGACACACAUGCACACACAUUCACACAUGCAAAUAUGCGCACACACAAACGCACACACACAAAUAUAUAGUUUCUCACCCUCAUGCUGUGCACAUAUUAUAAACAUACACACACAUACGCUGUCUCUUUGUGCCUCCUGCUGCUUCCCCUCGUGCCGGUCACACGUGCCCCAACCCGAGACCCUUCCUGACAUCAUAGAACUGUGCAGCAGCUGUGCCCACCCAGUCUGAGGAGGAAGGACGAGGAAGAGCAGAGCCGGAGGAGGAGAGAAAAGGAGUCACGGACUUUAUAAGGUUGGAGGAUGAGCCCGAGAGAGUGAGAGAGCAGGAGCCACAAUGACCGGAUGAAGAGUGUGUUAUUAAUGCCCUGAGAUAAGAGAUAAGAGAGAGAGAGAGAGACUCGUCUGUAUUUAUGUAAAAUUAUACGCCCAUCGAAGGAGGUGGAAUACGCCAUGUAUCGCCUUUUCUGUUGGCUCUGUACAUUUUUGAGAGUACUCCAGUACCAGGCAUAGUUGCAAAGUAUUUUAUUCUCGGCACAAGAUGUUUACGUCCAGACCGCUUCGUUGCUCUAACUGUAUAUUGUGGAUAACGGUAAAGUUUAGUUGUUUAACUAGCAUGGCCACAAGCUCAUGUGUACAUAGUUGGUGAGUUUAUCUAAUGAUAAUAUUAAAAAUGAAACGUUACUGUAUUUUCAGUAUUGACUCCUUCACCGUUAAAUGUGUUAGAAAAAGGUUAUGAUACCAGCUACAGAUUAAAGAGAUUUAAAACUUAAAAAAGAAACAAAAAAUAAAGAAAUACAUAAAUAAAACAUAGCCUUCGCAUAGCUAUUACAUUUAUAUGGUAUAUAUUUUGAUUUAUUUAUUGAUUCAAUUUUGUACUUUUGUGUUUGGUGACAUUUUUUGUUUUUCUUUUUUUUUUUUUGUCUCUGUACCUGUUACUCCUCUGUGCUGAACUAUUCUUUUGAAUCACUUAUAACAAUACAAAUAUCUCCACCAGUGGAAGCAGUUUGUGUCUGAUGUGUCUAAUAUCUGUUCUUCAGAAGAACUUCCCAUGCUUUAAGCUUUAAGCUGACCCAUAACAGAGCAGCUGAACUAUUAUAGGCAAUGGAAUGACAAUGUAUAUAUGAUGUUCUAUUAAAAAUGCAAUUUAUGUC